AUGGAGUCUUUGGAGUUAUCGGUACGGGCGGAGUCACAUGAGAAUAGAGGGCCACAGAUUCAAGGAGUCGUGAUACUGUUUAUUGUGUUAACUACAUUGUCCGUUUGGAUGCGAACAUAUUGCCGAGCGGUUGUUAUCAAAAGUUUUGGUUGGGAUGAUACACUUGCUGUUGUUGCUUGGGCAUUUUUUAUGGUAUAUUCUACAUUCGCCCUCUCAGCUGUAACUUAUGGAAGUGGUAAACAUAUUUGGGACAUUCCAACUGAACAUGUCCCAAUCGGUCUCAAGUAUUGGUGGCUAUGCGAGCCCGUCUACGUCGUCUCCAACAUGGCCCUUAAGCUUUCUAUUGCAGUUUUCCUCCUGCGCCUUUCGAACGUACCACUGCAUCGCUACAUCAUUCUUGGUACUCUUGUGUUGUGUGAAAUCGGUGGCAUCUUCUACUUUCUUGUCUUCAUCUUUCAAUGCCAGCCUUCGAACUAUUUCUGGACCAAGUACACGAACGGAACAGGAAAGUGUAUAGAUGCUAAUGUUCCGGUCGAUGCGGGAUAUGCAUACAGCGCUAUAACCUGCGCCACGGACUGGAUUUUGAGUUUGAUUCCGAUAUGGGUGGUGUGGAAUCUCCAGAUGACACCUAGAGAUAAGAUCAGUGUGGCAAUUAUUCUGUCCAUGGGUGCUAUUGCCUCUACCGCAACCAUAGUUCGCAUUCCAUACCUUCACGAUCUUUCAAAUAUAGCCGAUUUCCUCUACGCAACCGUCGAUGUAGCUAUCUGGUCAACUGUCGAAACAGGCAUCGGCAUUACGGCCUGCUCAGUCGCUACUCUACGUCCUCUCUUUCGCAAUUUCUUUGCACGCACCAGGCUAUUUGGUAGCUCGACUAAAGGUCUUAGUAACCCAAGUAAAGCUUGGGGUGGUUAUGGAGAUGCUAAAAGCGGUGGAUACAUCAAGCAAAAAAGCCAGAACGCAAAUUUGGGAGGUUCGAGAAUGGCCAGCUUGGGGAGGGAUGCCGACGAUUGUAAACUAAGAGAUGACAUUCCUUUAAAUUCGGGUGUCACAACAACGAUUGCAACAGGGAAGCAAAACGUGACUAGCGAUAUUUACGAUUUCUCUUCGGAUGAACAAUCACAGCAUCAAGAUGAUGUGAAACCGCACGAGAUCGAUUUAGAACUUGGAAACCCUCGGGGGAAGCCACAUGGCAAGCGUAUAUCCAAGCAUGUAGGCAAAUUCAGUGGAGGGAGGGGGACAAAUAGAGAUACGAGUGAUUCGAGGAGUCUGAGUAGCGAAGAGGACUCUAUUUGGGGAAUGGGCAUCACGAAGACGACCAAUACCAAAAUCAGCAGUGUUCGUAUGAGUAAAAUAAAUGGGGGCAAAGGAUCGUCAUAG